CAAUCAAACAAGCGCACGCUUUCUUGUUCCCGCCCCCCAUCUUACUCAUUCUGCCCUCCCCACCGCGGUCCUGUGACGCCAUCAUCGUGCGACGUGAGAAUGAUGCGUGCGUCUGCGAGCUAGGAGCUUGGCUCACUCCGGACUUCCGAGGUUCCUUGGCAGCGGGGCGCCUGGGGCUUCUAGAAUAGCUCCCAGGUGGUGGGCUCGCGGUGUGCAGCGGGACCGCGCCGGCCCCGCCGUCUCUCAAAGAUGAGUGCCUGCCCUUAUUCUUCCCUCUCCUCUGGUCCUGAACAACGUGUCAGGAGGACACUUAAGAAGAUCUUUGGGUUUGACUCAUUUAAGACGAACUUGCAAGAGAGUGCCACUCUGGCAGUAGUUAAAGGUGAGAAGGAUGUGUUUGUGUGCAUGCCCACAGGGGCAGGGAAAUCCUUGUGUUACCAGCUUCCUGCACUGCUGGCAGCAGGUAUCACCAUUGUGAUCUCUCCUCUCAUUGCCCUGAUUCAGGACCAGGUAGAUCACUUGUUGGCCCUGAAGGUGUGUGUAUGCUCUCUGAACUCCAAAUUAUCUGCUCAGGAGAAAAAGAAAAUUCUAAUGGAUCUGGAGAAUGAAAAGCCACAGACUAAGCUCUUGUAUAUCACUCCUGAAAUGGCAGCCUCUGCCUCUUUUCAGCCCAUUCUGAACUCACUGGUAUCCCGACACCUUCUCUCUUACCUGGUUGUAGAUGAGGCUCAUUGUGUCUCCCAGUGGGGGCAUGACUUCCGACCUGAUUACCUCCGGCUGGGUGCCCUGAGGAAACGCAUACCCCAUGCCCCUUGUGUGGCUUUGACUGCAACAGCUACCCAGCAAGUUCAGGAGGAUGUGGUCACUGCCCUUAAGUUGAGACAGCCAAUUGCCAUCUUCAAGACACCCUGUUUCCGGGCGAACCUCUUCUAUGAUGUACAGUUCAAGGACCUUCUUGGUGAUCCCUAUGGAAACCUCAAGGAUUUCUGCCUGAAGGCACUUGGGCAGAAGAAUGACAAAGGGGCUUUUCCUGGCUGUGGCAUUGUAUACUGCAGGAUGCGAGAGGCCUGUGAACAAGUGGCUAAAGAGCUCAGCUCCAGGGGCAUAAAAGCCAAGGCUUAUCAUGCAGGGCUCAAGACUGAAGACAGGAUGUUAGUUCAAAAUGAGUGGAUGGAGGAGAAAGUUCCUGUCAUUGUUGCAACCAUCAGUUUUGGGAUGGGGGUAGACAAAGCAAAUGUCAGAUUUGUGGCCCACUGGAAUAUUGCCAAGUCAAUGGCUGGGUAUUACCAAGAAUCUGGACGAGCUGGGAGAGAUGGACAGCCUUCUUGGUGCCGCCUCUAUUACUCCAGAAAUGAUCGGGAUCAAGUCUGCUUUCUGAUAAAGAAGGAGAUCUCAAAACUGCAGGAAAAGAGAGGGAACAAGGACUGUGAUAAAGCGAGCAUGGCAGCUUUCGAGUCCCUGGUGGACUUCUGUGAGAAGGUGGGGUGCCGCCAUGCUGCCAUUGCCAAGUAUUUUGGGGAUGCACCCCCUUCCUGCUCCAAAGGCUGUGACCAUUGCAAGAGCCCUGGGGCUGUUAGGAAGCAGCUCGACGCUUUGGAGAGGAGCAGUAGCUGGAGUAAGACACAAAUCAGAAGCUCUCGUGGGAAUGACUCUGACUCAGAGCUGUAUGAGGGUGGCCGUAGGGGCUAUGACGGCUUUGGCAGGUAUGAUGAGGACUCAGAAAGCAAUGGAGCUGAGGGCAGCGAUGAAGCCCAAAAACGGGAGUGGAGCCUUUUCUACCGGAAUCAGAUGAACCUUCGAAAGGGUAAAGAACCCAAGAAAGAGGAGUUCAUCCCCCCAGAUGAUGACUGUCCCCUAAAGGAAGCCUCCAGCAGGAAGAUUCCCCGACUUACUGUGAAGGCUCGGGAACACUGCUUGAAGAUGUUGGAGGAAGCCCUGAGCAACAAUCUGCACACAGUCUGCCCUGCCGAGAGGACUGACCAGAAGGCCCAUGCAGUGGAGCUGGAGUAUGAGGCGUUCCGAAGUACUAAGAUGGCCAAUCUGUACAAGGCCAAUGUAUUGAAAAAGGUGGCAGAAAUCCACAAAGCCUCCAGUGAUGGCAAGCUCUAUCCUUCUGGUGAUGGUGGGGACCAGAACCACCAGGCCCGGAUUGUGCUGCUUGAAGAAGACAUCCGACCAGCUUCUCAAGUAUAUUCAUUCAAAUCAAAGCGGAUAGGAGCUGGCUUCCGGACAGGCUCCAAGCCCUUCCAAACAGCUGCUGAGCUCUUGCAGAGACCCUUGGUUGAGGAGCAAAUACCAUCUGUUGGUCCAGAAGGAGGAGACCAACCUUGCCUAAGAGACACCUCCCAGCCUGAAAAGAAGUCAGACCCCCUCCCAGAGCAGAGAGUUCCUGGGGGAGACCUUGAAAGAAGUGGACCAUUGCCUGAAAAGAAGGCUAAAAGAUCCCCUGGGGACCAGCCUGUCAUCAAGUUUCAGGCCAGCAAGAAGCAGCAGUUGCUGGCCAAGGCAGCAAAGAAUUCUCAGGAGAUAACCCGGUUCUUUUCUCACCAAGGGGCAAAGAGCCCACCCCAGUCUGGCCCAUCAUCCUUACAAACAGUGGACUUGGGGCCCUCUCCUGAAAGGACUCAGGAAUCUGAGUUAGCUCUGGGAAAUAGUAUAAUGGAGGAGGACAAAGCCCUAAGGCAUUUGUCUGCCCUAAGCCAGGUAGAGCCCCCUGGUGAGCUGGAAUCAAGCAUCAAGGUCAAAUCUGAGGUCCAGCCCAUCCUCGCAGAGGACAGCCGACCAAGGAAACGGUCCAGAUCCCCUCAGGCCCAGAAGAUUCCAGAGGAGCAGACCCAGAAGAAGCCUCGACCCACAUCUAAACCCUCCAUCUUGAUAUCCCCUGAGGCCAAGAUCAACAACAACAAAAAAGAAGUGAGUUUUGACCAGAGUAUAGAGAACAAAGGCCUUACCCGGCUCCUAGACCCAAGACCCAGGACUUCAAGUGUCUCUCUGAAGGAGACUGCAGACAUUGUAGUCAAGUACCUGACCCCUUUCUACAAGGAGGGCAAGUUUGCAUCCAAGGAAUUAUUUAAAGGGUUUGCCCGCCACCUUUCCCACUUGCUGACCCAGAAGACGUCUCCUUGGGGAAGUGUGAAAGAAGAGGCCCAGAAACUCAUUAAGCAGUUUUUUCAAAACCGGACUAAGUGUGAAAGUGAAAGUGACUGGCUGGACCUGCCUGGCUCAAUGCAGAUAUAACUGAUGCUGGGAAGGAGGACGACUGCUAUCAUCUGGAGAGGCCCCGGGCCUGUCAGUGACUUCAUCCCUGGGCCUGACCAGCUUAUGGAAGACUGGCUCUGGUCCAUGGGCCUGUGGCUUUGGAGAACUGGAGUGGGGAUGGAAAAAAGUGCUAUAGCUGCUGCUGCUGCUGCUAGGGGAGAGCUUCCCCCUCUCCCAAGGUCUCAGGUUCUGCCUGUGCAAGAGCCUUAUUGGAGGCGGGCUGACUUGAAUACCUCCAUCCCUUGGGACCGAGGAUAGAGCUUAGUCCGUACUUUUCUACCUGUAAAGCUAGAAGUCUCCUGUAAUCGCUGCUUCCUCAUUCUUGUGAUUGGGCUUCAUUGAUUGGCUCUCUCAAAGAAGAGACUAGCUCUGGGGGGGGGGGGGGGGAGG